ACGCAGUGAAACGUCACCUGGAGGUCGGAUGAUUCAAUCCGCUGUUUUUCUUAACAAAAUAAUGUGAACUGUCUAAAUAAUGCGCUCCCUCACCAUGUCCUGUAAGUCCGACGUAAAGCCGUACUUGUUCUUAACCUUAUUGCUGAUUCUUGGCUCACCUUACAUCGCAUCGUCCACCGAUGGAGGAACUAACCUGAACGUAUCGAGCACAACUCUUGAUGUCGGCGUACACGUACCUGCAUUGAACACGACAAAGGAGAAGGUCGAUGCAGUAAACCAGUCCGCAGCCAGUGAUAAAGUCAACACAAGCAAUGCCAAACCACAGGAAGUUAUCUCGAGAAGUCAAAACUCCAGUAAUUCUCUGAAACAUGAUUCCGCUACGUCUGUUAACUCUAGUUCUCCGCUUACUACGGUUGCCCCCGCUAUAAAUACUAUCUUGAAUGCUUCGAGCACCUCAACUACACCUAUUCCACCUGCUAUCGUAAAAGUUUCAACUACCUCGGCAACCACCAAGCCCCCAGAGAAAAAUGUUACGACGGCAAAUUCUGACUCCGACACGAAGGAUGUGUCUUCGCCGACAGUUACGACGCAUAAUGGAAACAUUACGGAAGGAAGCAAUGGGAGUACGGUACCUUCUGAUACCGUUGUAUCCACUCAGAGCUCUGAUGCUACUAAUGCAACAAAUGGAAGUACAACCACGGUAGCUCCAGCCGAGCCAGUGCUACCUGACAAGGGUUCGGCGGAAGAAGAACAUAAUAGCUCUAUGUCGAUAUUUUUUGUGCUCUGCGUCUUGGCUCUAGGAAUUUUACUGAUUCAUCUUAUGCUACAAACAAAUUUCCAGUACUUACCAGAGUCGGUAGUUAUUGUAUUCCUUGGUGCAGCAAUUGGUAUGAUUAUCAAUUUGAUGUCGAACCAGAAUAUAGCAAACUGGAGGAAAGAGGAGGCUUUUUCGCCAACGGCAUUUUUCCUUGUGCUUCUACCACCGAUUAUCUUUGAAUCGGGAUAUAAUCUCCACAAGGGUAACUUUUUCCAGAAUAUUGGCAGUAUCAUGGUAUUUGCAAUUUUUGGAACAAUGAUCUCCGCAUUUGUCAUUGGAGCUGGUAUAUAUCUAUUGGGUCUAGCAAAGGUAGCUUACAAACUUAGUUUUGUAGAAAGCUUUGCCUUUGGAUCACUAAUAUCUGCAGUCGAUCCUGUAGCGACGGUUGCCAUCUUCCAUGCCCUUGAUGUAGAUCCAGUAUUAAAUAUGUUGGUAUUCGGUGAAUCCAUUUUAAACGAUGCCAUUUCUAUUGUGCUUACUACAUCAGUAUUAGAAUCCAACAAUGCUUCGACAACUGGAGAAGCGAUUAUUUUGUGCAUCAACAGAUUUUGCUUAAUGUUCUUUGCAUCUGCUGGCAUUGGCGUUGUCUUUGCACUUCUCAGUGCUCUUUUAUUGAAACACGUCGAUCUCAGAAAGAAUCCGUCAUUGGAAUUUGGCCUUAUGCUGGUCUUCACUUACGCUCCUUAUGUCUUGGCAGAAGGCAUACAAUUGUCAGGAAUCAUGGCUAUACUGUUCAAUGGUAUCGUGAUGUCUCAUUAUACUCAUUUUAAUCUGUCAACCGUGACGCAAAUUACGAUGCAGCAAACUAUGAGAACUCUUGCUUUUAUUGCUGAGACUUGUGUGUUUGCAUAUCUGGGCCUAGCUCUCUUCAGCUUUAGACACAGGUUUGAACCCGCUUUGGUGAUAUGGUCGAUCGUGCUAUGUUUGAUCGGAAGAGCUGCCAACAUAUUCCCAUUGGCUUUGCUGGUGAACCGUUUCCGGGAACAUCAGAUCACAAGGAAAAUGAUGUUCAUCAUGUGGUUCAGUGGUUUGCGUGGUGCAAUAUCGUAUGCACUGUCUCUCCAUCUAGACUUCAGUGACGAAACGAGGCAUGUCAUAAUUACGACUACGCUGAUAAUAGUACUGUUCACCACUCUGAUCUUUGGAGGCUCAACGAUGCCUCUACUGAAGUUCCUACGCGCAGAGAAGAAGCCGAAGAGCAGCAGAAGGAAGAAGCGGGAGAAGGAAAUCUCGCUCAGUAAAACCAGAGAAUGGGGUCAAGCAAUAGACUCGGAGCACCUGUCAGAGCUUACGGAGGAAGAGAUGGAAGUCUCUUUUCUCCAAUCGCGGAUUCGCGGAUUCGCCCGUUGGGAUCUCAAGUUCUUCAUCCCCUUCUUCACGAGAAGAUUUACCCAGCAGGAACUGAAGGACUGUAAGUCCCAGAUGACCGACCUGACGAAUCAGUGGUACCAGGCCAUCAGAAUCAGUCCUCUGGAGUCGGAUGAAGAACCUGCGACCACUGCGUCGACGGCGCAGCUCAACGUUAGCGUUUCCAGCGAUGGUAGAAGCGAGCCUGUCGGAAAGCAGAAGAAACAACGCUCUAGUCAUGCAUCUAUAUUGAGUAUUUAAUUUACUUUCUAAGAGUGACUUUUAAAUGUACGCCUGGACGUACGCUAUUUUAGGAGGAACGAAGUUUGACAGUUACCAGGUGAGAGGUUUCAAAUUAGCACUUUUGCUCACAUUUGCGCAAAGAUAACCGAACCAGCACUUUGUCGUAUGGUUCCACAUGGCAGUGGCGUUCGGUUGUACCGAUAUGUACUAACUAAAACGUUUUUCGAAUUCGCAGGGGAAAGAAUGUAAAGAACUAAUUGAUAUUCUAGUUUUGGGUAUUAGUCAUAGAGCAGGAUCUAUUUAUAUUCCGUAAAUUAUGUAUAUUUGUUUUAUGAAGGAGUGCUAAGAAAGUGUUAGGUUAACCCUUCCGAUACGUUUGCAACGUUUAAAAGUAAUUGCAGUCUCAAAAGAACAUUAGGGGAGGUAUUUUUGGAGAGAGUAAUUUAUCGUUACUGAUAUUGUGCUGAAACGGGUAAUAUCCUUUCUAUUCGAUUACUUAGUAUUGAAGAGUUUAUUGUGAUAUUUUACCUCUGAUGUUCCAUCGGGUAUUAGAGUCAGAUUUUUAAGUUUGCAUCUAUCGUUCAUUUAGAUCGCUACAAUGCAAGUAACGGUUGAAGGUUUGUUGGAAAAUACAGUUGAUUUAUUUUACAGCAUAUUUUAAGGUCCAGCAAUUGAAAGUACUUGUCUAUUUUUAAGGAAACUAACCGAUCGCAGUUUGGAAGCAAAUGCUUUGAUGCCGUCGAGCACAAUCAAUACGUGUACAUAUCUGUGCUUUUAUUUUUUAGGGCAAUUUCAUUGCCAAAAUACAUCACUAUUCCGUUGUCGCACAAACAAGUAUCCUCUGUAAAAAAUGAUUGACCCGCUACUUGACAGGUGAAGCGAUGGCUUGUGACGUGAUGGUUAUUUCUAAAUUUGAGCAUAAUUAUUGAAAUGGUUUGUCAGCUAGAAUUUGAAUUUUUUCUCUCCGGUAUUAAUACAUUUUGCAUUAACAAAAAGAAAUGCACCCGAUAUCCGUUGAAAAUAAUUUGUACCGACUUUUAUUUUCCAUACUUAAAGAAACGACAGCUUCAUCGAACAGCUUUGUGAUAUUCUGAUGUCUUUAUGAAGUUAAAUAAAGAAGGAAACAUAG